AUGAUUUCAGAAUUUAAAUAUAGAUCAGUCACAGCGUUGCAUGAAUUGAAAUUGAUCGUUGAUCAACAGGAAGUGAACGAAUUGAAAAAACGAAUUGAUCAACUUGGUAGAGUAUAUUCUUCUUCUCCAUGCGAUGAAAUAUCUCAAAAUUUAUCAAAUCCCAAUGAAUGGUUGUAUGACCAUUCUCAAGUAUAUCUCUCGAAUGACAACAAUGUUGUUCGUUUGGUUAAAAAAGCUGAGAAUAAUACGUAUCCUCUUUCAUUUAAUAAUACCAGAAUGGAAAUUGGAAUUUUUAAAUGGAAAGUUAAAAUAUCAAAACUGGGAUGGAUUGGUGUUGGAGUGUCCACUGAAGAAAUUGUAUCCUCUCGUCAGUUUGGUGCCUUUGUCAAUCCUUAUAAAUCUCACAAGUCCUAUCUAAUAAGCUACAUUGGAUACACUUAUAGUAUGGAUUUGAACGAAAAUCAAAAAGCGAAUGGAUUUAAAUUUACAACAGGUCAUGAAUUGGAAUUGGAAAUGAAUUGCAACACACGACAAUUAACCAUUCGAAAGUUAGGAACUAAUGAGUCGUUUACAUUCAACAAUGUUGUGUUGCCAGUAUAUCCUUCGGUUGUGCUUCGUUUUCGGAAUGACUCAGUGACAUUUUAA